UAAACCUGAACACUACAGUCUUCAAACCUUUAUGUGUAGGACGGAGAGGUAUCUUCGGGCAGAGGCUGGCAACACUGGCUGGAUUUGUUUACUGUUUUUAAAUUUCUGGCGGAUGAUCGGACGCCUGCAGAUGUUAGAGAGACGUAUGGAAUAAAUUUUUUAGAAACAGCACAAAAAACCAGCAAUGGAAGAAAAUUUCUUUACUCGCCUUCGCAAACUCUGUCGUAACGUAGACGUAAGCAUAGGACCUCUGAAAGAGUCGUUAAGCCUACCACCUCGGUGUGCUCCCCAGUUUUAUGACAAGAGGAACCUGAAUCAGCUAAAGAAGGAAGUACAAGAUUUGAAAGAAAUGAAUGAAGAGAUGAAAAAGACUCAGAGAUCUUUGCAAAAUUUUUCUAAUUGGCUGCAGUCCAUGCAAGAGUUUGUUGGCAAACAAGUAGAUGAUAUUGACAAAUUGGAAAAAUAUCUUGUUAAGUUUGGUUAUGUGCCGGUUGAAAAACCUGCCACAUCAGUUGUCAGUUCAGCCUCACUGAAUCAAGAAGUGACUGUGAAGGAGCAAAUAUCUAGUAGCAAGGACUUCGAAUCAGAGCUAGCAGUGGUGAUAGUGGAUUACAGCAGUAGAUGGUUGGAUAUCUGUUUUGACUAUCCUAACCUCGGAAUUGUACCUGUAACUCGUAGCAUGCUGUGUGCUCCCCAGUUUUAUGACAGAGGACUGAAUCAGCUAAAGAAGGAAGUACAAGAUUUGAAAGAAAUGAAUGAAGAGAUGAAAAAGACUCAGAGAUCUUUGCAAAAUUUUUCUAAUUGGCUGCAGUCCAUGCAAGAGUUGUUGGCAAACAACCGGAAACUUACCACAUCAGUUGUCAGUUCAGCCUCACUGAAUCAAGAAGUGACUGUGAAGGAGCAAAUAUCUAGUAGCAAGGACUUCGAAUCAGAGGCUGCAAGAUCAGAGGCAAAAUCACAAUCUACUGGCACUUCAUUAUUGGAUACUAAAGAUUGUCAGUCACUUCAAGAGAAGAAAACUUCAUGCGAAGUUAGCUGUAAAGAGGGGAAGAACAAACCUGAUUUAAUGGAGUAUCAGAAGACUCCAACAUUAGGCAAAAUGAGAUCAGCAUUAAGUAGGAAGAAAAGUGUUGAUGCAGGUUCUUAUGGAAGCGGUCUAGUGACUGUAGAACAGUGGUUACAAGGAGUUGAUAACUCUAACCUUCAAGUAACUCCUGAUGUGGUACGGAUGAAGAAGUUGCCUAUGAAGAAGCAAGAGAUUAGCCAUGAUUGUGACAAAAUGCCCAAUAUUAUGAUAUCUGAAUCAGUACCUGAUGAUACAGGAGUCACCCCAGAAUCUCUUGAAGUUUCUCAGAUGCCUGUUAAGAAUAGAAUCCCAACUUAUAAGUCUUCCAGUAUUAAUGUCUGUGACUUGCCAGUAGAACCUGAGCUCUCAGAAUAUACCACUCAGUGCGAGAAGUCAGUUGCUUCUAAUAUCAGUGGCUUACCAGAAGAACCUGAACUCUCAGAAUAUACCACUCAAUUCUUGAAGUCAGUUGCUUCUAAUAUCAGAGGGAAUCAAGUGCCUUCUUUAAGGAAAGAACUGUACAGCAGUAAUAUUCCAGGUACCAUUAGUAACUCUUCAGAACAAUCUGAUCACAAGGAACCAUCUUAUUUUUCUUGUAAGGAGAACAUAUCUGCUCAGAAUUUAUUUGCCAAAAUGGAUUACACUUCAGAAAAACCAGUUCUUUCAUACCCAGGUGCAGAAUUAGCAUCAGGUCAUGGGGUGGAUCAGUCUCAAAAAAGGCCUCCUCUUUCCGAUCAGCCUUCAAAACAUGGUACAAAGAUUGAGGUAGAAUGUGAAACACCCAAGAAACCAGUGAUCUCAUAUGCUUCUGAAUAUGCAGUAGUGAAAGAAGUGGAAACUAGACACCCAGGAGAAUCAGUAUUAUCAGCCCAAAUGAUAAACAGGAACACGUCUUUUCAUGCUGAAAUAACAACCACCAAGGAGCCAUUACCAUACCAGUCUAAUGAAAGUGAGUCUGUGAACAGUGAUAGCAAUAGAACAUCAGAAAAACUUAUUCUCUCUCCAGAUGCAUUACCUGUGUUAAAGUCUUCUAAUUCAUCGGAUCAUCUUGGUAUUCAGAAUGCUCUUCCGGUUUCGCCUGAGUUGUCCGACUUAACAAUGUCAUUAUUAUCACUACAAAAUAGAAUGGAUGGUCAGGAUCACCCUAAUCAAUAUUCACAUGAAAACAGCAAGCUCCAGUUUUCAAGAAAUGGGAAAUUAAUUUCUCAAGUAAGACAGAAGGAAAAUGAUGUGAAAAGCUCUAAUGAGGUUGGUUGUGGUGUAGAACCUAGUAGCAGGAAAAACCUAUGGCUUAGUUCUGGUGCUGCAAUGAAGUUUUCUAUGGAUGCAUUACCACCUUCACCUCAGCUUUCAGAAACAACCAUGAAGAUGUUAUCACGAAUAAAAUAAAAUUUCUUAAAGAAUAUCUUUGUAAAUUGAUAACUUAUAAUAUAGCAAAAGGAAUGAAUUGUUUCUUUAAAUGCUUUUAGUAUUAUUACAUCUAGCCUAAUUGUUAAGUUUAGUAACAUUGUGCUCAUUAUAUAAAUAAAAGGAAGCUUAAAGUCAAAGGUUUUUUAUGCUGAGACUAAAGUAAUAUGAAAUAAGUUGAAGAUAGAAUUUUUGUAUUAACUGAAGAUAUAUAUUCCAGUGGUCAUUUAAUUGCCAGAAGGGAAUGCUGACCAUUAUUGGAUUAUAUUUUCCAGUUUAUAGGUAUUUUAUGGAAGUUAUGCCUUAUCCUCUUUUUCAACUGUCUGUUGUUAAUCAUAUUUUUUGCAUUUUUUCCUAAUGAUAGCCAGUCAUAUGGUAUGGGUAACUUGUUUAAUAAAAAUCUUGAUGUUUCUGCUUUGAACCUUUCUUGAUAAUUGCUGAAGGGUUGAUGAAAUAUAAUACUACAGUUCAUGGUGGAGUUUGCCAUGAAUUCCGUCCAUUAUAUUCAUAUUUUGGCAUAGUAUAUGCAAUAUAUAAUUUCAGUCUUUAUGAAUUGGAUAAAAAGUGACUUGUAAAAUUGUCUUACUGGUCUGCACAUUAUCAUUUCUUAGUAAACAAUUUUUAUUUUGAAUGGUCAAGAUGCAUAAUGUAAUUUGUAAGUGUUUUACAGAUGUUUUUCUGAUUAUUUGCAGACUUCAUGAAAGAAAAAAAGGUUACUAUAAAUUUUGAAGCGUACGUAGUUUUAAGUAUAAUUUUUGGUUGGAAGUGACUUCUUAUUCUGUAUUUCAAGUAAGAAAUAUAUCCAACUUUAGUGAGUGUAUCUCUAAGUUGUGCAGGAUCUCCAUGAUAGGUUGAGAUAGGUUGAGAUCCUCAUAUAAAUUGCUUCUGAUAUUGAUUUCUAAUACUUCAAUACAUCUGCAAACCCAACACCUGUGUAUAAUGGGUAACAUUUUUCCUAGAUACUAAUAAGAUUUGAUCAAUCUUCAUACACAGUAUUUCUUCCACAAAAUUUUACUUUGUCUACCCUAUUCUUUUUAUAAUUGCUUGCUUUUUGGUUUUUUGGAGAUAAAAUUAGCUUUUUGGUUUUUUGGAGAUAAAAUUAUUUUCCUGUUGUUGGUGUGGUUAUUCUUUUAUCACAGAUUGUAUCUGAUAGAUCUUAAUCCAUCAUAGGAAUUUAAGGGUAGACUGAAGGUAUUGAAUACAUUUGAGUAAAGUUCAUUUGUUUUUUCUUGCAUGGCAGAAGAUCCUUGUAUGUAGCAUUUUAAAUAAAGUUUGGUUACUGCAAAUAUUUUAAUUUGAAUUUUGUAGGAUGGUCAGUAGGUUUCUAGCGAGGAAUUAUUAUUACAGGUAGUACUUGUGCUUUUUGAUAUGAACAGUUUUUGAUGUUGCCUUUAAUUUUAGAAACCAGAAGGCUUUGAUAGUUCUGUAAUUUUCUGCUUUUUCUUAUAAAAUUCAAGUUCUUUGUCUGCAUAGUAAUUCUUGUAAUUGUGAAGGCAAUUACAUUAUUUCUUUCAAACCUUUUGUGAUUUUGAAAUAAUGGAUAAUUUGGUACAUUAUGUCGUAAAAAGUUACAAUUCUGUAUUAUCUAAUGAUAUUCCAAAAUAAAGCUGGUGUGCACUGCGGUUUGAGUUACAAUGAUUGCUUAAUUAAGCUAGAUGUGACAAUAUUAAAUAGGACUAACUUAAAAUUAUUCAUAUGUGGAAACAAACCUUCGGUCUUAAUAAUAGGAUAUUUUCCAAGUGCCAGCUGGUAACCAGUUAACACAAUCAAAGAUUGUAAAGCAAGGAAUCUGUGAGAUCUGGCAACUCCUGCACACACAAGGUGAUAGCUGGUCAGAGACCGCACGCUGUACCUCGUGAUGCUUCAGUCUUUUCCUUAACCGUCUUGGAGAGUAGACACUAUUGCUUUUGCUCUCCUUCCAAGCUGGUUGAUUUGUGCUCGUGUUUCUGCUUAUUAUGGAUUCCUCCGAGUCCUCACGGCCUCGUCAAUGCCUGUGCUCGGACAUUCAGGGAUUUCCGUGCUCAAGUUUUCUAGCAUCUAUGAUCACAGAUCCUCAUAUGACAUGUGGUAGGUACAGAGCAAAUUAUUGUACUAUAACCAAUCCCUGCCCAGAAUGUCAUUCCUGGUCUAAGUUGCAGUGGAGAGUGUUUUAUAAUAAGAAGGAACAUGCAGAGACUCUACUUUUCCUUCUUGGGAGAGGUUUUCUUCUCAACUGGACGUUUCAUCUUCUCCCUUUCCUGUGAUCACUCUCCCUGUGGCUAGUUCAAGUGUACCCAUUUCACCUUCCUUUUCUUCCAUUGAUUCGUUGAUCGGGAGUGCCAUAGGAUUAUGUUAUGUUUAAUGUAGCCCCCGCUCCCUUGGGUUCCAGUUCUCUUCCUGAGAGGUAGGAGGCUACACCAUCUAAUUUCUUUCGGAGUCAUCCAAGAUGGCGGUUGUUUGGGCGUCGCUGGUCUACGGGAUUCACCUUCCUUGGAUGGGUUAUUGUCGCAUUUCUUGGAGGCUUGUACCCCCCCCCCCCCCCCCCCCUCCACCAGCCCCUAUAGCAGUCCCCCCUCUCCAAGGACUCUCUACAUUGGCUCUCGCAUGCUGCCAUCUUGCAGAGCUUCCCUGUCUUUGCUGACGCUCACUGGGUCGCACCUUAUCGUUCCGCCAGUGAGGCCAUUGACCAGCGCUGGUCUUAGGAGAUGUUGUGACGUCACUCCCAGCGUCCUCUCAGCUUAUAACAUCAGAUGCGGUGGUUGCUCAUCCUCCUGUCGCUAUGACAUCAUCUCUUCCAAUUUGAUGUCAUCGUCCUCUCUCGCUGAGCCAUCCGAGGCGUUUCAAGCGGUCUUCAAGAGGCUGGACUCUGUUUUGGAAGAGAGGUCUUCUGCCUUCUCUACGAAGAAGAGGAGUCGUAAACGUAAGGUCUCUUCUCCAUCUCCUGCUGCUAAGAGACCUUGUAGAGGGGAAAGUUCACUCUUUCUCUUGCUUCUUUUCAAUCACCACCUCACCAUUAUGUCAGAUGUUGGAGGAUCAAGGACUUUGUGGCUUUUUCUUCUGUGAGCGAAAGGAGUGCAUCGCCUCUUGCCUCACACAACCAUGUCUCUCCCAUGCAUGUCCGUGUUUGCGCAAGUGAGAGGAGUGCUCCACCAUCUGCCCCACAAGGUCGUGUUUCUCCCUUUGUGCUUGUGUGGUUGGCAGUGGAGCUUGUGAAAGGAAGGCAUUCUCGUCUUCGAUACAUGGUCGUGUAUCUCCAUCUCAUGGGCGUGUUUGUGACAGUAUGAGUGUUGAAAGUAAUAAGGGUGUUUCUCCAAAUGUACGCGGAAGUGGGUCAUCCUUGUCCAUACGUGCUGAUGAUAUCAGAGGUGCUACCCCCUGUUCAUCUGUUCCUGUACCAGUUCAUUGGCGUAAGGACAAUAAGGCACUGAUUAAAAGGUCGAAGGUUGCAGAUAUAGAGGUGGUUCAAGCUGUUUCUAAGGAUUCUUUGCUUGAUAAGACUGUGGUUGACUGUCAGGAACGUGAGGCUUCCCUGGCCCAUGGAUGUGUUUCUUGUUCUCCUGGAAGAGACCUUAACCUUAGGAGUCAGUCGCCUUCAGGUAACUCUUUGGCGACAUUCCGUCUCGGGACUGUGCUUGGUUGGUGUCUCACGGACAUGUACUUGACUCAUUACAUGUCCAUGUAUGUGAUUCCUUCCGUGAACGCAUACUUGUUUCGACUGACUUGUGUGUAUGUGAUCGUUUCUGCAAUUGUGUAUGUUGUUUUAUACACGACCCUGUACGCGGUUUGAGCCAGGACCGUGUACAAGUGUCAUUGCUGACAACAUUUGGGAACCUUUAGUCGCAGGAUCUUCGAGUUUUAGGGACUACACUCCAACCAAUAAUGAUCAGAAUGGUGGGCUUCCUAGGGAUGCUUCACCAGUGUUGUUACAGAAGGAGGAUACUGCUAAGCCUUCUUCUUCACGUCAUUGGUCACCUUUACCGGAGCAGGAGGAGGGAGACACUCAAGAGUUUAUAUCUUCCUUCGCGGAGGUUGUUGAUCUCAUUCGUGAGUUCAACAAUCUUGAGUGUAGGAUGCAGGCUCAGUCUUCUGUCACCCCAACAGGUAUAGAGGCCUUGCUGGGUGCCAGACAGGAUUCUAGGACUUCUUUUGAACUUUCCCUGUUGGGUCACGCUCAGUGCCUUGCAAUGGGUGAACGUUUUGGUUUCGGACCAAGAUGGCUCUCUGCAUUCCAAUAGAUCAUCCAAGUUUCUUCCUCCUCCUCUCGUGCGGCAUAGGAAGUACUCCACUCAUGCAGUUCAUUUGAUGCCUCGUCACCUUAAUCCGGAUGUGAUUUGUCUUAAGCCUGGUCUAACUCUGGAGCAGGUUGGGUUGGAAGGUCCUUCCUUUUCAUCACAAGAGGCCUUAGCUAUGGAGACUACGGCGGCCUCUGUCUUCCAGACGUUCUCCGGGCUGGACUUGUGGUCCACCACAAUAGCCAGGAUUGCUUCGGAUAGGACUGAAGGAGGCAUAGUGAGUUCUUCUUCACUUACUAGACUGAUACAGUCUGUUGCUAAAGCUAUUUCAUACCUGGCCCACCUUAGUGCAAACUUGUGGACCAACCACCUCCUGGCCAGGAGAGAUGCAGCACUGUCCAAGGUGGUGAGUUCAGUGGACUCUGAGUCUUUGUCAGCUCUCAGGAAUGGGGAUCUCCUUGAUUUGCAGUUUCUGUUUCCAAGGACUAAAUUAGAAAAUACAGUGGAACCUCGACAUACAAAAGUCCCAACUUACGAAAAAUUCAAGUUACAAAAGCAAAUACGAAGAUUUUUUUGCCUCUGCAUACGAAAAUAAUUCAGGCUACGAAAGGGUGUUACUGUAAAGUCCCGAGAUUCGCCCGGACCACCGAGAACAAUUAUAAAACUCACGCGCCGCCAACUGAGUAGACUCGCCACCAUCCUCCCGCUCUCCCAUUGGUUCUUGUUCCUAGUCACCGCCGUAAGAUCCUGCUCCCCUAUUGGUCAGCAUCUACCCCAUUGUGAUCUAUGUAUUCUAUUGGUAAAAGGAUGCUGUAAAUUGAAAAACUUAUUCAUGCAAUACAUUUAAUAAAAAAAACAUUAGAUUAAGUUAGAAUAAAGAAUAGAAAUGAAUGGUUAUUAUACUGUUUGGUAGUUUCAGUAGUUGAAGAGAGAUAAUGGAAAUUUAUGAUUACUGUACUGUGUGCUAGGUAAAAGUGGUUGCUUGGCGAUCGUUUGCUACUUGUAGUGUUGAAGUAAACGAAAGGUUGGAAGCUUUUUUUUGUUUGUUUGUUUGUUUAUUAUAGUUAAUGGUUACUUAAUAAUUAUUUGAAAUGAGUACAUGCAAUACAUUUAAUAAAAAGAAUUGUGAAUUAGAUAUCAUAAAAUAUAAAAUAAAUCAGCCUGCUAUCAACGAAGCCAACAAAUAUUUUCUAGAAUUCUUCUGUUUUAAUAUUACGUAUAUGUUUCAUUAUAGCUGUCAGUAACUCGGUAUCUCCAUUAGGUAAAGAUAGAAUAAAGAAUAGAAAUGAAUGGUUAUUAUACUGUUUGGUAGUUUCAGUAGUUGAAGAGAGAUAAUGAAAAUUUAUGAUUACUAUACUGUGUGCUAGGUAAAAGUGGUUGCUUGGCGAUCGUUCACUACUCGUAGUGUUGAAGUAAAUAAAAGAUUGGAAUCGUUUUUUGUUUGUUUGUUUGCGUAUUAUAGUUAAUGAUUAAUUAAUAAUUAUUUGAAAUGAGUACAUACUGAUUAUUUAUACAUUUUAUUGGCAUAUUCUAAGCUUUUAACUUCUUAGGUUUAGAUGUCAGAAUCAUAGACUAGGCUACAGUAGCAACUGCAAACAUAGGCUAGGCUUAUUGCUAAGGGACAUAUGCUAAAGUCCUAAUAUAUGCAGUAAAAAUGGGGUUGAAUAUUACAUGCAGUUGAAUAUUACUCAAGUAUGUACAGUAUUUUGCCUUUUUGGAGUCAUUUCUUCUGUCAAAUCGGCGUCGUAACCCUAGAACAUUGUUGUAAGCCUGGAAAUAAUUUACUGGGGUGUUUUUGUAAGGCUUGGAACGAAUUAGGCAAUUUACAUGUAAAAUGUGGUUCAAGAUACGAAAAAAUCAGGUUACGAAGGCCGCCUCGGUACGGAUUAAUUUCGUAUCCUGAGGUACUACUGUACAGUUGACCGGCGACAGGCAGAUACUAAAGACAGGUUAGAACAUCAGGUGGUAUCUAAGUCGUAGGCAUGUUCAUGAUGCUUCUGCGAGGAGCUCUCAAUCUCCCUCAAAGGCCAAGUCAAACAAGCAACAAUGUCCCUUUCAAUCCCGUCCCUACAAGUCUUGACUAGAGGAAGGGGCAUGGGGGGGGGUUGUCAAUAGAGUGGGUGCCUCUCCCUCUCCUUUGCCAUGAGUAGGGGGAUGCCUGGCGGGCCAGUGGGCCAAGUGGCGGGAUUAUGGAUUGGAGAAAUGGGUAGUAGAUGUUCUGUGGGUGAGAUAUUUACUACCAUUCAACUUCUCUCACCCCUUCUCGAACAGACCCCUUCCCAGUUGGACAUUGCUCGUAACUUCCCGAAGUUUUUUGCUCUUCAGGAGGAAGUGUUGAAAAUGCUGAACAAGGGUGCGAUAGAAGUAAAGCAUCCUUCUCCAGGGUUUUACAGUCAGAUUUUCCUAGUACCGAAACGACAGGCGACUGCAGACUGGUAAUCGACCUUUCCACCUUGAAUAAUUUUGUCAGGAAGACAAGGUUCAAGAUGGAGACGCCUUGGACAGUGUUGGUGGCGAUAAGGGACGACGACUUCUUGCUGUCAAUAGAAUUAAAGGAUGCUUACUUCCAGAUCCCUAUUCAUCCUUCGUCCAGAAAGUUUCUUCACUUCACUCUGGGAAAGCAGAUCUACCAGUUCAAGGUCCAGUGCUUCGGGUUGACCACGUCCCCUCAGGUGUUCACAAGGGUCUUUGCCCACUUCUCACAACAUGGGCUCAUGGUCAAGGGAUUCACCUGUUAAGGUACCUCGAUGACUUGUUGGUGUUAGUAAGCUCCAAAGAGAAACUGCUUCAGGACAGAGGUGGUCGUCUUCAGUUUUGUGGGGAGCUAGGCAUAAUAGUAAACCUAGAGAAGUCAAAUCUGGUUCCCAACCAGAAAACUCUCUAUCUAGUUAUGGUUAUAGAUACAGCAGUGUCAAGAGUUUUUCCGUCAGACCAGGGGUUAGAGAAGUUGCGGUUAGUGGCACACAAAUUCCUGUCUCAACCUGAACCACCAGCUCACCAGUGGUAGGUCCUUCUGGGGAUUUUGUCUUCUCUAGAGAAGCUGGCCCCUCAUGGUCAUCUUCAUCUUUGGUCUCUGCAAUGGAGACUGAAAGACUUCUGGCCCCGGCGGGAGAUUCCCCUCACAGAGAGUAGCUCUGUCCGAAGAGUUGAAGCAAGGCCUUGGUUGGUGGUUGGAUGACCAGAAUCUCUUGAUGGGAAUCCUUCUGCAUUCUCCCCCUUCAGACUUCUUUCUGUUUUCAGAUGCUUCCAUCUUGGGUUGGGGUGCUCAUCUGGGAGACCUCAUUGCCCCAGGCAUUUGGAGUGCGGAAGACAAGUUGCAACACAUCAAUGUUUUGGAGUUGAAAGCAGCUUUUCUGGGUCUGAGAGAGUUUCGGGAGAAGGUAGAUGGUCAUUCUGUGGUUCUGAUGUCCGACAACACCACGGUGAUCGCCUAUGUGAACAAGCAAGGGGGUCUGGUGUCUCGUCACUUCCAUUCAUUGACAGUUGAGUUAUACCAGUGGGCGAUCGACAACUCGGUUGAGUUCUCUCCCAGGUACUUCCAGGCAAGAGGAAUGUGGUUGCUGACAGGCUGAGUUGUCGGAAGCAAAUCCUGGGUAGGGAGUGGUCUCUGCAUCAGGGCAUGGCCACGGUCUAGAUACAACAGGUCAGCCAGCGCGCAGCUUUGGGUAUGAAUCACCAAUACUGUGACGUCACGCGCCCUGGUCUCUCACACGCGGUUAACCAAAACAAUAUACAACCCAUAGUCGUAAGGUAGACUAUAGGACUUGCUGUGUGCCCAUAUAUCUUUUUAUUCAUUCAUUCAUUAUACCAUUGAUAAUGCCAAGUAACUGCGCAGUAUUUGGCUGUUCUAAUACACGUGGAAAAACGAAAAACCCCAAUGUAAAAUGCCAUCGUUUUCCAAAAGAAAAGCCAUACAAAGACCAGUGGGUACAUGCCUGUUGUCGUGCUGAAAGAAUUAACGUCGUGUUCUCUGAUGUUCCCCAUUUAAAUCAAAUUAUUAAGAAAUAGUUUAUUGACUUUUUUUUUCCUUAAUAAUGAAGUGUAUUCAGCUUCUAGCAUGCGAGAAAAUUAGUAAAACCAAAACAGACUAUGGGUUUGCAUAUAAGAUCAAUGAAAUGCAUUUUAAUGUAAUGGGUCAACAAAGACAGCGCGUUACAUUAGCAGUGCAACUGGUGUCUACAUCAUGUACCAAUUCAGUAAAAUAUUUAGGCGAAACGAGACUGUUGAAGUGUCAAAACUGGAGUGGAACGUCCGAUUUUAUUCUUUUAAUAACGAAUGAUUAGCUCGACAUCACGAAUUUUUCAUGCAUGUAUGGAGAGUUUGGUAAAAGCACUGCUUUUAGUAUUGAUGUAGAAAAACUAACUGCUAAAUUAUAUUCCUCAAGGUCAUCGAGUUAAUGAGUAUUAUGAGUUAAAAGUCCUAUGCAAAAAAAUAUAUACAUUCCUUCUGGAGUAGGGAAUAAUUUUUUUUAAUGUAAAUCCACCAUUGCUUUAUUUAAUGUUAAAAGCCUCUCAUAGUAUUUGGCUACCUGCUGACACAAAGAUUAAAUCAAUAUUGCCUUGAACAUUUCUUUGGGUGUAUAAGGCCAUGGAUGGUCACCAUGAUCAUCCAAAUGCAGUGAAUUUUAAAUUCAGGCAUAAAAAAUUUUGGUUAGGGAAGGAAAUGAAGGUAAUAAGUGAAAAGUGUAACAUCACCUCAGUUGAAAAAUCCAUUGAAUCACCCAAUGAAGGUGAGUAUGUAACAAAAGAAAGGGAGUUAGCAUUAGAAAUAUGUCUAACAACACAGAUGUUUAGAAAUUUAGAUUUUGACCUAAGAAAAGAUGUUUUUGAUGAGGAAGAAAACCUUUUGAGGAAGAAAACCUUUUGAGAGCAAACACAGAAAUAAAAAAAAGAUAUCGAGGGAGUAAUUGAGGAGGCGGCUCUUAAAUACAUUGGGGGAUAUAUUGUCGAAAUAUUUUGUUUUAAAUACCGAGUUAGGAAAUAAGAAUAAAGAAGUACCAAGGAGUGAUACUUGGAUAGACUGUGUAAGUAGGGGGGAGUUGCAUGUACCUUCUAGUAGUUUUUUUUCACAGUUAGUAAAAAUGUGGGAUCUUUAAUGCUGUACACGGGAAAGCACUCAUAGAGGGUAAACAUUGUUUUAAAAAGCUUCACUUUGAAUUGAAAAAGCUUAAUAUUGAAGUUCCUGACGAUGUUAUAGCUUUUUAUGUAAAGAUAUCCGUAUAUUUUCGAAUGAGAUAUCUUGAUAAUUUGAUAAAGUAUAGAAAACGUCAAGGGCAACCAUGCAGGGAGGUCCUAAGAAAAAAGAUAAAAGUUGUAACUCAAUAAAAUAUUUUCAAAAUGCAAAUGUUGUUAUAUUUACAUUCUUUUGACACUUGAAAGAUCACAUUAUCAAAAACAUUCCCUUCUAAAAAGAUUCUUGACGGUUUUAGAUCAACGUUCUCAAUGGUUCUCACCACCGCGGUCCCUCAGAUGACGUAGGUGCGCAGAAGAGGCUUAAAAUUGGGACGCUGAUGUAUAAAAUCCAAGGUGGCAGGGAUCUCGACCUCUUCCGCACAACAGCACCACGAAUGCACUCCCGAGUUAUUUCUGCUGAUCCCCAUUUCACCUCUGAAGAGAGAGAAACAGUAACUAAACAACUGUCCAAAACAAGAUAACACAACCAAUCUUCAUUACGGUAACAAGAAUUCGUUGGUAAUUAUAGUUGGGUCUUUAA